UUAUCACGGUCGGAGGGUCGAGAAACCGUAUGAAUGGCGCGAGCGAUGAUCGUAUCGGAAUCUCCAAUUACGGUCCUUGUGUCGACAUCUACGCCCCAGCAAGAAAUAUCGACCUCGCUGCCCCUUCCGGAAGCAGUAAUUCCAACUACCUAAGAUCAUCCGGCACCUCCUUUGCAACCCCUGCGGUGGCAGGUGCUGCCGCCAUGAUUCUGUCCACUACUAGCCUGACACCUACUGGGAGUGAGACAAUGACCGAUCUCGUCCUGGACAUCCUUAUUGCGACAAGUGCCAAGGACAAGCUGACGAGUCUUCCAGCGAGCAACGCCGCGGUUUUACCCUCCUUUAACCGCCUUCUAAACGUUGUCAGCAAUACUUACUACGCAUAAACCCCCGGUGGGUGUAGUUGGUGAUGACAAUGUAUCAUGGUGAUUGACAUUGUCAAUAUCAUCGUCUUUGUCAUUGACCUCGUCAUUGGAACCCAGGUAGAAGACAACCUAUAGUUUAAAUUGAUUUAUAGCUGAUUAAAAAAUGAUGAAGUAAUAUAAGUGACGGUAUCAAACGUUUCUAUCUUUUAUUUAAAUGAAAAUUUCGUUUGAUGUUCUCGAUAUUAUUGGUGGUUAGUUUUCGUUUCUUGCUAGAACUGUUAUAACCUAAUCUUUCUUCUCAU